AUGAGCAGCCACGUCCGUAGACUUCAGUACCAACAACAACAACAACGACAGGCUCAGUUAAAUCGCCACUAUGUGAGUGGUAGUCUCUCAUCGUUGGGCAAGCGCGGUGCUUAUGAUGAAUCGCCUGCGGCCUAUGAGGGCACCUUACCUGCUGCUGGCACCUCUCAUUUAGGUGGCAUUGAAAGCAAUGUGGUUCGUCCCUCUCUAGGCUCUGUGGUGUCUUUCGACAGGCAAGGCUAUCCUAGUCAAGCUCGUGGUGGCAGUAUGAUGAGUUACAAUCCACCGUCUACUGUUGCUGGCAGAUCUCUGAUUGGAAGGCCCUCUUUGUACGCAAAAAGCAGUUUAUAUCGUUCCAGGAGUCUUGGCGCCUCAAAAGCCUCCCUCGCGACCGUGAGAAGCGGCCGGUCGACAAUUCAGGCUGAGCACCACGACCGCAAGGUGCAGCUUCUCAUUAAUGCGGUCGACUUCAAACGUGCCACCAAACCCUACUUCUGGUCCGUCUUCUUCUUCACCAUGUUCCUCUUUACCCUCUUCCUCGGCUUACUCAUUAUCUGCCUACGCCACGUCUACAUGAACCUCAUUCUCUCCGUUGACAUCGGCGAGUCGAUUGGACCAAUCCUGUGCGGCCUCUCCUUCCUCUUCCUCGGCGCUGGCUUCAAAUUCCUCUACGAUGCCUACCAGACGGGGGCGCGGGAACGACAGAAGAUAAAGUACGUGCCAGAUAGUUCUACGACUGUGGCUGUCAAGGUGACAACUGCGCCCGCGGUCGAUGCUACAGAAGAACUUCUAAGUGGAAAAACAACUGAGAAGGCUCUAACUCGAGCUCCGAUUGGAACGCGGACUGUCAAUCCCUCGGUUCUUUCCUAUUAG